AUGAUUCCUCGUGCAAGGCCAUCGAGCCUGUGCCACGGUCAUCGCCAGGAUGUUCAAAUCCUCCUGGAAAGGGGGUUUUGCGGCCCUGCCGUCAGUUUGAAGAGCCGACCUGCAUCCCUUCGAUGGCGGCAUGCAUACCGGCCCCGGCAGCAUGCCAGACGGUACACGCGGACGCCUUCAGUAUUCCAGGAGCGCUCCACCUCAUCAUACGAGAAGACGGAUAUCUCGCACGAAGCAGAACGACCGCUGGAUGCAGAUAUACUGCAGGACCAAUUAGACGCCUUACGAGAGCUGGAACAUGCCCUGGGUCGACCUAUCGAGCAAGCCAUUGAAGAAGAUCGAGCCCUAAGCGAGAGUAUAAGUCGCCUGAGUGUCGAAGGAAACCUUGAUCUGCAAGACAUCCCGGAAGUCCUUGCUCAGCAGGUGACAAAUUCGGUGGCAAGCCUGCGGGAGUCUGGAGCGACCCUAGAAGAGGUGGCUCGUAUGGCGAGACAAAUCCAUGGUGACAGGCUUCCUGAAUCUGUGCUCGAGGAAGAGGAAUUCAAAAUCUACAGAAGACUCUACGGCGAUCCCAUCUCCGGCGUGGAAGAAGAUGUCCUAGAACAAGUGGAUCUCGAUGGGCCGGUACCGAAUCAGCUGUUCGAUCAAGAAGGAGAGCUUGUUGAAUACGACCUGAACAGCGGUCGCUCAAGCAUAGACGAUACUGAUGGACAGGAGGAAGUUGAAGUCGACACGCAUGAGCCGAUACAGGGGAAGUUUGAUUCGACGUCUGAUGAGACGGCCAGUCUGCUUGCUUCUCCCACACACAGAGCAAUGGAGGUCGCUCGACUACUGGACGGCGAAGUGGCGGAAGACUUUGAUGAAGUCGCGGAAGAAGAAGAAGAAGAAGAAACAGAGCCCAGAUUUCACCCCUUCACCAAGCUUGCAAAAUUCGCAACCAACCCGAAAACUGUUUUCUUGUCGCAGGAAGACUUUGUGGUUCCAGUAGCCAACAUUCUGAAAGGGUUCUCCAACAAGCACUUGAAAGACACUUGUGAGAAAACCUUCGGAGGGCCUGGCCUUCCAGAUUCUCCUCUGACGCCGAGGUCUGGCCGGGCAAGGGCACAACUUCCGAUCCCGCUCGACGCCAGCCAACAUAGCAUGGGUGAGAUGGAAGCAAAUGCCUUCCUCACCACGAUUAUGCCGCCUACAUACGCCGCCAUCAUGUCUGUUCUGGUAGAAACUCGAAAACGUCUGGGAUCGACGUGGUUGAACAACAUGUUUGCCAAAGAAGGAGGGCCUCGCAUCCUCGAUGCUGGCGCAGGAGGAGCAGGCAUUCUUGCCUGGCGAGAGAUUGUCAAGGCUCAUUGGGAUUCCAUGCAUUCAUCCGAUCGUGACCCGCCCCCUGUUCCAGAGUCAAAAUCCGUCGUCCUGACAGGCUCGGAUACCCUGAGACAUCGAGCGGCCGCGCUGUUGGACAACACGACAUUCGUGCCACGACUUCCAGAUUACGUACACACACGUGAUACCCCUACACUGGAGGACGACCGUCCAGCCCAGCAACGCAAACAGUUUGAUGUGAUCAUUGCUUCGCAUUCCUUGUUCGGCCUGCGGGAAGACUGGAUGCGAAAACAGCAUGUCCAGAACCUCUGGUCCAUGCUGAGCGACAAGGGAGGCGUGUUGAUACUGAUCGAGAAAGGCGUGCCUCGCGGAUUCGAAGCGGUCGCCGGUGCUCGCGAGCUUCUUCUGGAAAAAUACAUCGCCGUACCGGAAGGGCACACGACCGGAUACAGCGCAGGUCAUGAAAGUGACGACGUUCUGACGCGGGAGACUGGCAUGAUCGUGGCGCCGUGCACCAAUCACGAGAAAUGUCCCAUGUAUCAUAUGUCGGGUCUGUCAGAAGGUCGGAAAGACUUUUGCAGUUUCCAACAACGAUAUACGCGACCCACCUACCUUCAACGAAUCCUGGGCGCCAAAGAUCGAAACCACGACGAUGUGGAUUUUUCCUACUUGUCCGUCAUGAAAGGAGACGAUCUGCGCCAACGACAGCUCAACUCUUGGAAAGGACUUGAGGAUGGCCUCUCGGCACCUUUUCACCCAGAUCCCCAACUUCUAGGCGAGGACUACAGUACGUGGAUGAAGCUCUGUCAGUCAGGCUUCGAUGAAGUCGACCCUACCAUGACCCUCGAAGACUCUGCCUCGGCGUUUGCCGACGGCAAGGCCCGUCAGAGCCUUCCCGCACCCUGGAACCUCCCCCGGCUGGUCUUCACGCCCAUGAAGCGUCGCGGCCAUGUGAUCAUGGACGUCUGCACUCCUGCCGGCAAGAUCGAGCGAUGGACGGUGCCCAAGUCCUUCAGCAAACAAGCGUACCACGACGCGCGCAAGUCGCAGUGGGGUGAUCUGUGGGCGUUGGGUGCGAAGACUCGUAUUCCACGCACCCUCCGAAUGGGCGGCCCUCACACCAAGGAGGCCAAGCGCGCCCGCGGCCGCAAGGAACGACUGCAGAACCAAGCGGCAGAUCUGAUGGAGCAGAUGGAACAAGAAAAGCUGGCGGAACUCGACGAGGAGGCGGAGUUCGAACAGGCGCUGGACAUGGAAGAUCUUGAUGGUGAAGAAGGACCGAGAUCGUCUCCAAGAAAGCAGAAGCAGAAGUCUAAAGCUGCCAAAGCGCAGAUCGACCCGUCGUCCAAGGUCAAGGAGACCGGGCAUUCCACAUCGCCCGCAUCUUCCGGUGUCGAGUCCUUUUCAUUUACGUUCGACGAGUUUGACGAGGACAAGAUCAAUCCCCUCCCGCCGUCCAAAGCGGCCAAGAACACUAUGAAAGCAGCAGCUACAGCGAGUGCUAGUAUUCCGAAAGCGUCAACGUCGCAGACGAAGAAGUCAAACCCAUCCAGAUCUGCUGCUGCGGCUGGCGUCGAGCCCGGCCAAUACCGAUACGACGACCUCGACACCAACAUGCGCGAAUGGGAAGCCGAACUCGCCGAUCCCCUGGGAUCCAUGGGCUUCCGUGCUUCUUCCAAAUCCGGUGAUAAGAAAGGCAAAAGAAAGGCCAGACGCGCUUCAACUGUCAGACGAGGUCGGUCGGGGCUUUGA